AUGGAAGUUUUUCAAACUGAUAAUUAUUACAUUUUCGUGAAACGCGAAAAAAGUCUGUGGUGGCAUCGUAAAACCUCGGAGUUUACAAUUAAAGCAGGUUGGGACUUGUCCUCAGUGGAUGACAUCGAGUGUAUUGGCAUUACACAUGGCAUUGUGGGUGUCAUCAGCUUACCAAAUGUCUACGAACCGCACUUGGUGAUUGUGAAGGAGGCCACUCCCGUCGGGGUACUUUAUGCUCCAAGUUUAGUGUAUAAAAUCAAAUCGAUUUGCAUUUUGAACGCCGACGAACCUGACACAGUAUUGACUUCUUGCACAAGGCAUUCUAGAAGCGCCAAUAGCACGCCUACACACCGGCCAACAUCGAAUACUUCCACGAUAGGCAGCACCAACAAAAUAUCCACUUCCACCACGAAAACAAGGCUGUUUGAAGGUGCACAGCUGAUGAACAAAACAUGGGGCGCUGUAAAGAAUGCGGGAAACACUAUUAAGAAUACCACACAGCAAGCUGCUGCUUUGGCGUCCAAUCAGGUGAAGUCUUCUGUGGGUAUACGUGAUCCUUCGCGUAUUGAAAAGCGCAUCACCGAAGAGCUGCAUAAGAUAUUUGAUGAUACAGAUAGUUUCUACUUCAGUUUAGACAGCGACAUCACCAAUAAUUUGCAGCGACAAAGUGCUUGCGAUGAACAAAGGCAACAAAGUGAUGAGCGUUUCUUUUGGAAUAUGCAUAUGAUUGCUGAGCUUUUGAAGUUCAAAGACAAUACAUGGAUAUUGCCAGUUAUACAAGGAUUCGUGCAGGUGGAACCUUGCGUGAUAGGUAAUGAAUGCUUUACAUUGGCGCUGGUAUCGCGCAGGUCACGAUAUCGCGCAGGCACUAGAUAUAAGCGACGUGGCGUCGACGAGGAGGGCAAUUGCGCCAAUUAUGUCGAAACGGAGCAAAUAUUAUCUUUUCGUCACCAUCAUUUGUCAUUCACACAGGUACGUGGUUCAGUGCCCAUCUUUUGGAGUCAGCCAGGUUACAAAUAUCGACCUCCGCCACGUUUGGACAGGGGUGAACAAGAAACGCAGGAGGCAUUCGAAUUGCACUUUACAAAAGAAAUUUCAUUGUAUGAUGGUGUUUGCAUUGUCAAUUUGGUUGAGCAGAGCGGUAAGGAGAAAUUGAUUGGCGACACAUACGCAAAACAUGUCGUAUUAUACAAUAAUGAUCGUUUGACAUAUGUUACUUUUGAUUUCCACGAUUACUGUCGUGGCAUGCGUUUCGAAAAUGUUUCUGCGCUCGUGGAAGCACUUGCUCCCGAAGCAGGCGCAAUGGGUUUUCAUUGGCGUGAUCAGCGUGGUGUUAUUUGUAAUCAAAAAUCAGUAUUUCGGGUGAAUUGUAUGGAUUGUUUGGAUCGCACAAAUGUUGUAGAGACGGCAAUAGGCAAGGCUGUGCUGGAAUCUCAACUGGUUAAGUUGGGCUUAUCGCCACCAUAUACACCGAUACCGGAACAAUUAAAAUCACCAUUUAUGAUACUUUGGGCCAACAAUGGUGAUAUAAUAAGCCGACAAUAUGCGGGCACAAAUGCGCUAAAGGGCGAUUAUACGCGCACCGGCGAGCGUAAAAUAAGUGGCAUGAUGAAGGACGGCAUGAAUUCGGCAAAUCGUUAUUAUCUAGCGCGUUUUAAAGAUUCCUAUCGUCAAGCCACCAUCGAUCUCAUGCUCGGAAAUCAAGUUUCCGCCGAGUCAUUGAAUGCGUUAGGCGGUCAGAAUGUACCUGACGAAACCGACGCUUUAGAGGGUGCAGAGCAAGCAAAAUUGCUCGUGGAUGAUUGUCGUCGUUUGUUGCUUGGUUCCGCGCAAUAUCCCGUGGGGUCGUGGGGUCUUAUCGAUGCCGAUCCAACUACUGGUGACCUGAACGAAACCGACGUGGAUACUGUGUUGUUGCUCACCGAUGAUUGCUACAUUGUAGCCGAAUAUGAUUCACACUUGGAUAAGAUUGUGCGUUUCGAAAAAGUGCAGUUACAGAAUAUCACGCUAAUAGAGUUGGGCAUGUAUCAGCAAACGAAAUUGUUUCAAGGCUCUGCCCCAGCUUUGCUCUGUUUAAGGCUCAACUAUACUGUCGACGGAGUGGACGGAUAUUUCCACAUGUUUCGUUCUGCGAAUAUACGAUUCUUUAAUAAUAUGGUUUAUGUGAUUAAAACGCAGGAAGAAGUUAUGGAAUCUCUUAUGUCCAUUGUUGAUAUGUUCCGCAUUGCCAUUGACAAUAUAGGCAAGUCUGAUGUUCAAUAUAUCACUGGAGGUGUUUUGCAGCGUCGAAAAAGUAGAAAUCCAAUGCUGGAAGUACCAAAGGGCAUGCCGCGCAAUCUGUCCGAAUCUCAACUCGUACAAAUCAGUUCGAAAGCAAUAUUUAAUGUGGCUGGUCAAUUUUCCAGAUUGGGACAGUCACUUAAUCCGAAUAAAAACAGAAAUCCCAAUACAAGCAGCAACAAUCAGAAACAGGCAAAUGAAAUAGCCAAAAUAAAUCCACAGGUCAUGCGUCAGUCACAAACUUCAAUAGAACAUGCCGUGGAAGCUGAGAAAGCUACGUUUUCUGUGGGUCGUACGCAGCGCAAUUCCCACAGUAGCACAGACAGCGAUGAGAACGACAGCAGUAUUUAUGAGCCCGAAGUCGAUUCGGAUGUAGACUUCGCGCUCGCUGCAACUAAUAAGGUUGGUUCUGGAAAGUCGGGUUUUAAUGAAAACGACUUUUUGCCCUCCGUUGGCAUUGUCAUGGGAAAUACACAAGAUGAACAGUCGCCUCCCUCGGACGGGAAGUUGGAUCGUUUGGUGCAGAGGGAUAGCAUGGCUAAAAAUAGUGAAGAUGUCAACGCCAUUUCGAUAUCGUCGGUAACCGAUCACGUUACUAUGCCAACGGGAUUGUUGGAGAAUGCGCAACCGGUGCGUCCAAUAACGCCAAAUCCGCAAAUCUGUGUACAACCUGAAGUGGAGGAGCAGUCAGCAGUGCAACGUACCAGUGCAGCAGCCAAAGACCUCAACCUACCGCUGAGUAGUACCCCGGCCGAUUCCAGUAAAUUAAUGCAAUUGGCAAGCCCGUUAUCGCGCACAAUAGUGGUUAGUCCUUUGUCCAAAUUGGCCAAAGGUAUGCAAAAUAUUGGCUUGAAUUUGGAUCCUCGUAAAAUUGCGUCAAAGACUGGUGUAUUGUCACCAACAUCAGCUGACUACACGCCGCCAUCGGAACGACAAAAUAGUCGCGCUCAAUUGCAGGAGCUAUGGGCGGAGCAUCAAUGCGCUACCAAGCUGAUUGCACUGUAAAGGGAAAUAUUAAAUAAAAGGGAAUAUUUUAUAGUUCUUAAGUAAUAUAUAUACAUAUAGUACAAGAUAUGAACACAUUUUGAACUGGACAAAGUGCGUUAGGUCAACACAAUAAUGACUUUGAUGGGAGCAUGCCCCAAAAAUUAACAAUUGAGGAAUUUUGCAGUAUUGACAACGCAACGCACUUGUACGUUAUAUACAUACAUACUUAUAUAAAUUUAUAUAUUUUUUUAAUAUAUAUUCAUAUGCAUUGUAACUUGUUUUGUGAUAACGCACUUUCAUGAGUUGAGUAAGUUUCUUACGCCGCAGUUUCGAGUUAUAUAAACGCAAUUAUUUAAUUUCAAUUUCUUUGUUUUAAUGCGUUCUUGAAUUAUUAUAAUUUUAGUGAAUACGUACAUUGUGCAUGCUACAGUUAAACUCGUUUAUAAAUAUAAUAAUUAUUAAGUAAUGUUAAUUUAUGUUAUGCAAUUCUCAGAAAGCACUUAAAUCAGCAAUGCAACUAAAGCAAAAUAUUAUUCUUAAAGUAAUAAAAGAUUUAAGCGGAAAAAUGUUUUAUGUAAAAAAAAACUGAAAUUAAACUUUAGAGUAUUUUUUUUUAUUAGAAGCGUGAUGAAAUGCAGAAUUAUUGUUAUUAAAAACCCUAUUUUGUAUUAGCUCUCCUUUUACUUAACAAAAUACAGUAUUUUUAUAAAACUAGCGGCAUUUGAACACAUUGCAUUACGAGUAUUGUUUCUUAUAUGAUGUAAAUUCUUUGUAAUAAAAAUUGUAUAUUUAUGUUUUAGGUCCAUAAUUAGGUUCUUUUGUAUUAUGUUAUAUUUGGGAAGAUUUCUUGAGUAUAAAAAAUAUGGAAGUUUUAUCUUUGCUUUUAUUCGAUAUUUACCAAACGAAAGUUGAAUAAUAGGCCAGUACAGCCUUUGAAAAGGGUAAAAAGUUAAGAAUACAUAUUAUGUUGAACCUGAUUCAAAAAGAAACAUAAAGUAACAAAAAUGAAAUGAAAAAUAAUGCACGUCGAUCUGAGGUCGGGACGGAAAAAGGGAUGGACGUGGUUGAAUUUUUAAAUGCUUAAAAAAGGUUUUCACGAUUAUCGAUAAAACUAAUCACACAAAAAAAUUAAAUACAAAGUUGUAAGUAAAGAAAAGAACAAAAAUUUUGUACUUUCAAAAUUUAUGUACAAAAAUGUGUUUUCGUUUACGAAAUUUGGUAGGUAAAAGAAAAUUCCCAAACACAGUGUAUUUUCUUUUAUUUAAAGUACCAUAUUUUUUCCCCCUUUACUUAAAUUAAAAUCUUAAUUUUCAAUAAAAAUCCUCAAGUCUAAAUAUAUGCACACCAAAACCGACAAUUUAAUAUUAUUGUUUUAUUGUAUAGAAUAGAUUUUUUAAUUUUAAAGGAUACGGUAUCACUUUUUGGCAUAAUUCGCUUGUCUUUAAAAGUAUUCGCAAUUGAUAAAUUCCUUUUUGUUUUUUUUUACACGAUUCAUUUCCUUUUUUACCUUUCUAAUAGAAAUUAGUAUUUUUUGCUCUUUAACUUGUCAGUAAGAGUAUCAAUAUUAAAAAAAACAGUAGGAUCUUCUCUACUUUCUCAUAAAUUUCUACAAAUUUCUCAGAAAAUACAAUAAAAGAAACCACUAAACGAUUCAGAACAGUUGCUUUGCACAACUUGUUAGUAUACAAAUCGAGAUAAACCGUAUUUAAGCCAAAAAAAUUCAAGCACGUCCAUACCCUUCCUCUUCCAGACCUCAUAUCGCCGGUAAAUUAUUUAUAUGUACUUUCUUUUUAAUUAUUUUGUAUUUCUUUUUAAUGGAUAAUUUUUAAUUAUGUAGCUACAAUGGUCUUGUUCUAAGUGCUGAUUGAAGCGUUUCAAUAAUAAUUUAAUAAUUAAAUGAUAUUGCUAAUAAAACCAAUAACAUACAUGAAAUUUGCAUGUUGAACAAAGUAGUCGUUAGUUGUGUAGUUUACUUUUGAGCCAAGCAAUUAUGAAACGGACACACUGUGCUUAUGAAAAUUAAAAAAAACAUCA